AUUUAGUAGGCACACUCCUUCACUCAGUCACUCUCCCCUAGGCAGUGACGUCCACCACUGCAAACAUUUGCUGUCUGCCAGGCCCCCUCCUCUCCGUCACGAUGGCCCGCAUACUCUGCUUCAGCUUCCUCCUCCUCCUGCUGUCCCUCUGCUCUCCCGCUCGUGCCGAACCUCGGCGGACCACAUCAUCUCAGCGCAGGUCGGCUCGCGCGCCUGCCGCCAAGGUGCGUUUGGCGGGCAACUUUGCGCGAGAGCCGCACGAAGGGCGCCUGGAGGUGCUGCAUAACAACACCUGGGGCACCGUCUGCGACGAUGAAGUGAACAUCAAACUGGCCAAUGUGGUGUGCCGAGAGCUGGGUUUCCAGGGUGGCAUAACCUGGGCACACAGCGCAAAGUAUGGAGAAGGACAGGGCCCAAUAUGGAUGGAUAAUGUACGCUGUGAAGGUACAGAGAAGUCCCUGAAGGACUGCAAACACAACGGCUGGGGGGUGAAUGACUGUAAACACUCUGAAGACUUGGGGGUGGUGUGCACCCCUGAGCGUAGGCUGGAUCUGACAGCCAGUAGAGGUCACACCACAGCCUUCAGGCCCAAUGGCAGCCCCGCACCUCAGUGGCAAGGACUUGUGGCCACUAGCAGGCACCCAGGAUAUGGUUACCAUGGAAACGGACAUCCACAUGAGAUCCCCAGGUUACAAAGGCACCACCACCACUACCAGGGUCACAGUAAGGUGCGAAUCGAGGAGGUUCGUCUUCGUCCCAUCCUCAUGGCUACCAAGAGGAAGAACCUGAUCACAGAGGGCGUGGUGGAGGUGAAGCAUGCUGGGAGAUGGAGGCAGGUUUGUGACCUGGGUUGGAGUCUCAACAGCAGCCGGGUCGUGUGCGGGAUGCUCGGCUUUCCAGAGGCUACUCAACACAAUGUUAAAACAUACAAGAAAAUAUGGGAUACCAAGGUUGUAGAUCCAUCAACAAGAUUGAGCCUCAUGGCAAAGAAGAAGGGAUUCUGGGUGGAAAAAGUUCACUGUCUGGGCACUGAGAACACUCUGUCAGAGUGUCAUGCUCAGCUGUCAAUCCCCCGUAGUCCCACCCCUUGUAAGAACGGGAGACAUGCAGUAGUCAAGUGUGUACCAGGACCCCAGUUUGCUCGCAUCUCCUCAGGAAGACCCCAGGCCCCUUAUCCAGUUGUGCCCGUGCGUCUGAAGGCAGGCCCCAGGCUGGGUGAGGGUCGUGUGGAGGUGCUCCGAGAUGGUAAAUGGGGGACCAUUGUAGACCAUAUGUGGGAUCGCACUGCAGCCAGUGUGGUGUGCAGAGAACUGGGCUUUGGUACUGCCAAGGAUGCCCUGCAAGGAGCCUUUAUGGGUCAAGGUACAGGACCGAUCCAUAUGAACAACGUCCAGUGUAUGGGGUCAGAGCACUCCAUCCUAGAGUGCUUCUUUCAAGAAGUUCAGCCAUGGACAUUCAAACACAGCCAGGAUGCCUCAGUACGCUGUAACGUCCCUAAGACUGGCAUAGAGAACACGGUGCGGCUUGCUGGUGGUAGAGUCCCUUCAGAAGGCCGUGUGGAGGUGUUGAUGGAGGUUGGGGGUCGUAAACGCUGGGGCUCUGUCUGUAGUGAGAACUGGGGCAUCAACGAGGCCAUGGUGGUAUGCAGACAGCUCGGCCUGGGCUUUGCUGCCAGUGCUCAUCAGGAGACCUGGUACUGGACCGGUGACCCAAAUGCAGCGGAUGUGAUUCUCAGUGGAACUCACUGUGUGGGCACAGAGCUUUCAAUUCAACAAUGUCGUCGCAACAACCAUGUCCAUUGUCCCCGUGGAGGUGGAACUAAGGCUGCUGGGGUCAGCUGUUCAGACACGGCACCUGACCUUGUUCUGGAUGCCCAGCUGGUCCAGGAGACAGCCUACCUGGAGGACCGACCCCUCCACCUGCUGACUUGUGCCAAUGAGGAGAACUGUCUCUCCUCAUCUGCUGCCAGGAUGAACUGGCCUUAUGGCCACCGACGCCUGCUACGCUUCUCCUCCCGAAUCAUGAACCUGGGUCGGUCCGAUUUCAGACCCAAAGCUACAAGAGAGAGCUGGACAUGGCACCAGUGUCACAGGCACUACCACAGCAUUGAGGUGUUCACACACUACGACCUGCUGACUCUGAAUGGCACGAGGGUUGCAGAGGGACACAAGGCCAGUUUCUGUCUGGAGGACACGUAUUGCCCUGAUGGACUCCAGAAGCGGUUCUCUUGCUAUAACAUGGGUGACCAGGGCAUUUCUGUGGGGUGCUGGGAUACCUAUCGCCACGAUAUCGACUGUCAGUGGAUUGACGUGACAGAUAUACGGCCAGGAGACUACAUCUUUCAGGUGGAAGUCAACCCCUCCAUGGACAUGGCCGAGUCUGACUUCAUGAACAAUGUCAUGAGAUGUCGGUGCAAAUAUGAUGGCCACAGAGUUUACAUGUACGGGUGUCAUGCAGGUGAUGCUUACAGCGCAGAGACUGAAGACCUGUUUGAGCACCAGAGGCAAAUCACCAACAACUUUGUGUAGCCCAUCCCAGGGCCCAGUAUGAUGGCCUUCCAGUGGGGCCCAGAGACUACUCAGGGUGGGCUGAGGUUGAUGGCCCUAGGCCCUUGGGGACCUUAGCACCCACAAUAACAGAGAACACGCAAAAUGGUGCCUGUUCAUCUCCUUGGUAGAUGUGGAUAAAAUAUUCAUAAGAGCAUCAUAACACAGCAGCGCCCAUUGCAGAGACUCCAUUUUCAACUCGAACAGCCACUGACGACAAGAGUGGAACAGGUUACAGAUGGCUCAACAUGUUUUUUUCCUCUAGUUAUGUAAGAAGAUAUCGGAUAUUGUUUCAAACUAUACCGAUUUUUGUGAAUGUGGACUACUAGUAACUUAAGUUAGUUAUUCAAAACGUAUACGCAUGAAAGUCACUAUAACUAAUCUAUCACAAAGACAAUGGGGAAGCUGGCACUGUUGGGAAACCUCAUUCCCACGCUAGAGGAUAUGAAAAUCUGAGAAAAGAAAAUAAUAUUGUGAGUUUGCGUAAUUUCUUUUGCAAAAGGCAAAUUUAGCGCACUUGUAGCAGUUGGCAUUAUUUUACCCAAAUUCUUUACUUAUUUGAUCAUUUGCAACUGUUGCGCUUUUACAUUAUGUCAGCAUUGGUGCUCUUUAACAAUACUGUACAUUGUUAUAUUAACCUCACUACGUUUCAGGUGAACAGCGUUGUACAAUGCGCUUUGGGUAGUUCUCUUUUACAGUUAAUUUGGUAUUUUAACUUUGCUUUGGCUUUAACAAAAUCAUUGUUUUAGAAAAGUGUAGUCAUGCUACAAAGCUUAGCUUGUCGUCUAGAAUAGGUAAGAAGAGAUCAAAUGAUUUUUAUGGAACAAAGCACUUUAUCUUUUAAACAUCAGUAUUCUAGUUUUGCCCCAACACGUUUUUUUUAAGUAGCCGCCAAAUUGACUUUUUAGGGUGUUUAUCUCAAAAAAAUACUUUAGUGUGUUUUACAUUUCAGAAAGUGAAAUAUAAGGUUUGUGUUUAGUUUUCAUAUUCAAUGUACUAUUUAUGCUGUACCUUUAUUUAUUCAUGGAACUCACACUUACACAGCUUGCUCAGUAAAGUGUUUGUUAGCUAGCAUUUAAUUAACAAUACUCAACAUUUUGCGUUUUUUUGAUAUAAUUAACCUAGGAGAAAAAAUGAUUUCAUACUGUAGUUACAGGACAUAAUAUUAGAACGUUCCCACGAUGCAGAUGAAUAAUUGCUAAUUUUUUAUUUUAGUUAUUAAAACAACUGUAACUGUACAGUUUUUCUCUGAUGGGAGGGAAAACCAUGCUGACAAAACCACAGCAUUGUGGUAGGCAGGCAGGCUGAGUUUUGAGAGCAUAUAAAAAGCCUUUUAAUUACGUCUGUUUGGGUUAGACUUAAGGUUACGGUUAGGAUUAAGGCUAUAGCAUGUGCUUUAUAAAGAAACACUAUGGAAUUGUUACGGAAAGCAAGAAUCUGGAUUUCCAUCUUAACAUGAACUACAAGAAAGAUUCUGAGCUCCAGAGAGAUUUAGGGAGGGAGACGGUGACUGGAAGAGAGAAUGAGAAAGUAAGACAGAAAGAUAGAAAGGGAUGAAGUAUAGAGAAAGACUUAUGCAGACAUACAGUUUUUACUACCAGAGCUGCCUUUUUGUAGGCAGCCAUACAGCGACCACAAGCUGGCAUUUUCGGCUCCCCAACGAGAACAACAUGUUUGUCUGGGAGAGAAAAAUAAACUCCUCAAUUCACGCUUCAACACAGUAAACAGUGGCCUUAUUUUUACUAAAGCUUGGCCGCCUAAACUGUAUCUUUCUACUCUUUCUUCGCUGAAUAAGUAACUUUUUAGCGCCACACCAAACCAUGAUGCAACUCCAUUUUCUUUACAACAUGGAGCUUGUGUUAAUCAUGUCCUUUUACCCCAUUAAUGUGUUUGAUGUGUUUGGCUUAUUGUCUUAGUGGUUAAACCUGUUAAGAUGGCGUCUAAUGGACAGUUUCCAGGACAUAUUGUGGAAAGGACACGUCACUCAUAAAGACUCAUGUAGACUUAAUUAACUUCUUUAACAGACUGUCUUCCUCCUCACUGGCCUCUAUGAGUUUGACUCACCAACAGGAUUUAGAGUUGUAGUUUUUUUUUUAGAGUAACGUUUUAUAAUCAUGCACACCUGGUCAGACAGUCAGCCCUAUUACUAAAAGCUGUUGAUACAAAUGUUAGUAGAUAGAACUUAAAGUCUAAAAUGAGCGUUUGCUGAUAUAAUAUUUUUUGUUUUGUGCUUGUGUACAGUUCCUCUUGACAUAUUACCAUGGUCUAUUCUGUGUGUUAUUUAAAAUUCUAUGACAUUACAUAGUUUAAGUUGGUUCAUAUUCACCACUCAUCAUAUUACUGUACUUGCACCCCUGCUAUAGACAUAGCACUGGGAUGUUGUUUUCCAUGGCCAGUUGCGCUUUUAUUUUGUCUUAAAAACACUGAGAGUGUGCACUUCAUGGUGCCUUAUCAACAAUUAUAUUCAUAGAAAACUGUGCUCUCAGGGACUUUGACCUCAUCUAAAGAGUAAAACAAAUGUUUCAUGUGAUGUAAUUUAGGGUGCUUUUAGCUGUGAUGCCUACACAACAACACCAAAUGAUCAGGACCUGUUUUUUUCUUUUUUUUUUUUUUUGUCGGCACUCUUACAAAAUAUAAUCUGUACCCACAUGUUUAUUUUGUAGGUAAAACUUUAAGGUAUGAAGGUGAUAAGCUUUCUUAGUUUUUUUCGUUGAGGAAAGUUUGGAUAACUGUGGACACUGGCUGAGUCAGAGGCAAACUUCAGUUAAAGAACAAAUCACAAUCCAUUCAUCAUUACUGUGAAUCAAUAAAACUUCAUCACAUA